UCGUGUCCCUAGAUGCCAACGGUUGCCUGCCAACAAAAACAAAGCUAACCUAAACAAUUCAAAAUAUAAUUCCGCAAUAAUUUCUGCACUAUUUUAUGAUGUGAUGAUUUCUUUAAGAAACGAGUUCUUUCACCUGUGAAAUCUGUUAACUGAAUAUAAACAACAUGGUUUAUAUUUGCUGUGUCGAAAAUUGUAAAAAGGAGGCUGAUCCUGGCAGUGCCAUAACAUUUCACAAGUUUCCUAGAAAUCUUAAAGAGAGACAAAAAUGGAUUGAUGUUGUCCCUGGCAAAGUCACACUAACUUCAGUUAUUUGUAGCUUGCAUUUCAAACUAGACGAUUUCUCGCAAAAUGUUUCCAAAAGAUAUUUGAAGCGUCACGCAGUACCAUCAAUCUUCCCUGGGAUGAUACCCAAAGAACGAAAAUAUUUAGUUGUCAAUCAAGGAGAAAUAACUUUAGAAUCAUUGCCUGAAUCAUGCAUUAAGGAUCCAGAAAUACAAAUCUGUGAUGUGCGAACACUACGAGAAAAUGAAUUGAGGGAUGAGGUAAACACUGUUAUCCCUCAAAUUGAAGGAAAUGAAUUAAGGGGUGAGGUAAACAUUGUUACCACCAAGACUCUGGAAAAUGAUUUGAGGCGUAAAACUAUCAUUAUUACCCCUAAGACUGGAGAAAAUGAAUUAAUGCACCAGGUAACUGAAGAAGUACCUAAAAGAAAACACUAUAUAGUUAUCAAUCAAGGAGAAAUAUCAUUGGAAUCAUUUCCAGAAACACCUGACUUGGAACCAGAAUCAGAAUUAGAAAUGCAAACAUUACAACAAAAUGCAUUAAAGUGCAAGGUCAAUUCUAAAGAGAGAGACUAUUUAGUUAAUAGUGAAGAUGAUGGAACUCUGGAAACAUUGUCUUACACUUCAUCUGAUGACGAGUCACUGCAGGAACCAAGAGCAUUUUACAGUGUUUUGACACAAACGGGACCUGAUAUAGAUAUUAUAAAAGAAGAAGAAAGAAAAUUAAAGCAGCUGAAAAAAAUUAUUCACGCAAGAUCGCGAAGACGUACUGUAACCAUAAAAAAAUUAAAAUUACAUCUCAAAGAUUUGGUAAAACAAAAGCUCAAAAAGACCAUAUAAAACUUACACAAAACAGAAUAACUAAGAAAACUCAGCAGAAGCGAAUAAAGAUUUCAGAAGAAUUUGACGAUGACGAGCCGGUAAUAAAGGUGAUUAGGAAAAUUUACGUCAACAGUUGGCGCUACUGUGACAAGAGGUCUUUUGUAUGAAGUUUUUGGCGCGAAUGAAUAGAACGAGCAUUGAAAUUGAUCUAUAGACUAUGGACGAUAUACGUGAUUUGAGGGAUGAGUAGACCUUUCGUCUCAGUGCUGCCACCCGUGUCCGUCAUUCCAGAAAUCCCUCAUACUAGUGGUUUCACGUUUUCAUUGUGGUGUCUAUGUGUGUAUUCCGAAAUAUACACCAGUACGCUGGCCAGCGGUAAUGACGUCAUGAUUUCGACGCCAUAUUACACUGGUGUGCCGCCAUAUUAUGCUGGUGAGAAUACUGUGACGUAAUUAUUUAUUAGCCGGGUGUAUACGCUCUGCAGUUAGUGAAGUUAAUUGUAGGUUAAAAUCUCUUAUCUAUUAGACAAGUCCGUCCGUCCGUCUGUCUGUGGUGCUGUUUCAGCGGCCAAACCGUAAGAGAUAGAUAAAGAGAAUGUUUAAGUUAUAAGUUAAGAAUAGUCUGAUAAGACUACAAACCGGAUUUGAGUAACGUAGCACUUCCGGUUUUCGAGAAAUCAUGAAUUUCAAACGAAACCACACAAAAUCUCCGAAGUUCUCAAUUAAUUAAAUACAUUUUUUUUUAAUUGGUGAACAUUUGGUUCACUGGUUUGCUAGUUUAUAAUAAUUUUUGGAGCAUGAACGUUGCACACAAACACGAGACUGCUUGAAUAUAGCGCCAGUUUAUGACGUCACCGUUCUGAUCGGUGUAUUUGGAACGAAUCAACAGCAUGGCGUCGAUUCAUGACGUCAUUACCGCUGGCCAGCGUACCGGUGUAUAUUUCGUAAUAGACCCUAUGUCUUUUGCACGAUGGCCUUGGCGAGCUUUAAAUAAUACAGAUUAAGAAAUCAUCAUACUUCCGAGGGCGUGAUUACACACGAAUACUGGUGCCAAUGGAAUUCGGAUAAACGAUUAAGUGUAAAUGAAGGGAGUCGAGCACGCCCGUAUUUCAGUGUCAAUAUUGCUUUGGGUGCCCGAAAUCGAGUAAUAUCUUUCGUGUACCCAAAUACGGGUUAACAACCAAGUGUAAUUGAGCCAUUAUAAUUAAAUACCUAUCAACACAUUGGUGUCGAUCCUGUCAUGAUUCUCUAAACCUAAAAUUUAAUUUGAGUGUAUCCUUGUCAUUCUCUAUACAUAAUGAAACGGAGAGAUUGAUGUUAAAGGAGAUUGCUCAAAUUGGCCCAAACGCACAAAAAAUAUUGACAUACACGGUAAUUCUUGGCGUAAUUUAUAAUUUAAUUUACAGUCAUUAGAUUUCAACGGAUACCUUUGUAUAAUAUAUUUACUUUAAAAAGGACUUUUAAUUUUACCGGUUUGGAAAACAUACGAAUCAUUUUUAAUGGCUAUGGGUGUAGUAACAUUCAGCCAAAGACUGAUCGAAGUUGUUUAUAUAACAUAAAAACAAAUCUAUUUUGUAAAGAUCGAUAAAAUAAAUCAUUUUUUUUAUUACACUAUGGUAUUAAUAUCCACAACUAUAUUAUCAUUUUCACUUCAUGCAAAUGUGCUCAGACAAUUAUUAUAGAUGGUAGGCGACAUCAUAAAGUCUAUUGCCAUACAUUUUUCGCCAAACACCUCCAUAAACACAUUGUAAUCUGUAUAUAUGUUAGACUUUAAGGUAUCUAUCUAUGGACCUAUGUUGCCUGACUAUAAAUUAAUAAAUAAAUAAAAUUACCUAUAAGGUGUGAUGCACUAAAAAUCUAAAAUAUGGUUAUAUUAAAAACAUAACAAAAAUAAUGAAGCUACUGAAUAUAUGGCUAUAUAACCUAAAUCUCUUAGCUUUCUUUGGUUAACGAGAGUUUAAAAAUUCUCUUUAAUCUGUAGCUCAUUCACAAUCAUCACACAGUUUCUGUCACAGAGUACCUUAUUAUAACCGGAAAUGCAUAGAUGACAUCUGAUUUUAUAAGUUACUCUUAUGCAUUAACUUUAAAAAUAGGCAACUAUCUGUUAAUCUUCAUGUUCUAUAAAUCUGAAUCUAAUCCAUAAUUUCGGUACUUGGCUUGAUUUCUCUAGUUUACUAUAUAACUUAUUUGUUGUUUAUUAUUUUAAUAUGUUCAGUGUAUAUGGUUUAUAGAAGUUCUCAGGGGUGUCCGUCAAUAAUAUUCGUUUCUACAGUAAUUUAUAUAUAAUUUCGAAUCUUGGAAACAAUUUUUCAUGAUUAUUGGUCUUUAGGCCAAACAUGUAUGGAAGCUGAGCAAUCUCCUUUAGUUUUAAGUUUAGAGAAUCAUGCCAGAAUCGACACUAUUAUUUAAGUAGGGCGAACUAUCCAAUUAUUGUCACUUUUCAGCAACAAUAUAAAAAAGCUGUUUCUACAAAUGGUCAAAUCUAACUAGUCAAUAAUAGGUAUUUGCUAUUUUUCAACUUGAUGAACGAGGAUUUUUUUUAUCCAGUUUAUUAUUCGACAUAGCUUCAUUUCAAAACUUUCCAAUCCAAUUACUUCGUCACCAAGACAUAAUAAAUGAUAUUGAAAUGUUAAAUUUACAUUGAUUUGAUUUGCAUAAUUCAGUUUUUUAUAGUACUUUAUGUGUAUCCCACACGUUAAGUAUGGUACCAAUUUAUAAUGCCAUUUCACGCUUGACAGUUCUUUAUUCAGCACACACAGCUCAGACAUUUCUAUGGUAAACAAAUACGCAAUACCACACACACCAUUUUUUUUUAUGGAUAGGUCCAGUAAGGAAAGACUGCGAUAGGUAGGUUCAGAGAGAGGAAAAUAUAUAUUUUUCUUUUUUACCCCAGCAUAUGAAACAUAAUUGUCUGGAGUUCGGUGAUUAGGAUAUAAAUAAAAAAAAAAUUUUUCAAUAACAAAGUGGGGGGGGGGGGUCAUAGUUGUCAGUUUUAGAACUUUUUUGUUACGGGGUUUCAAAAUCGAUACUAUAUAGUUAGGAAUGUGAAAUUUUGAUAUAUAUGAUGUCCAAUAUGCUGUAUUACUGCAACAAAUACUGAAAACGCCGAUUCAUUAUGUACUUUUUAAGUUGUGACGAAAACACAAACGAUUUUGCCUUUCGCGGUUUCUUGUACGGAACCCUUAGUGCGCCAGUCGGACUCGCAUUCGUCCGGAUUUUUUAUUGUAAAUAUGUUAUCCAAAAAUAAAGGUCCUAUGUAUAGUUUUAUUAAAUUCAAUUUGUUUUAUUGUUUUCUCUAAUCUUAGUUACUUAACUAAAGUGUAUAUCAUUCAUGACUAUCGAUUGCUACAAAGCAAUGACGUAUAAUAAUAUAGACAGGUUAUACGCCAAUAUUAUUUAUUUAAUUCUUCACACACACACAUGUGUGGGAUGGUGGGUGUGAGGGAUGCGUGUGCAGCUCUUUCCGACGAGCAUGAAAAUUGGAGGGUAAUGCGGCGAAGGCUGAAACGCUAUGAGCGUCACACGCGACAUAUAUAUAUAUAUAUACACAUACACAGUCAGGUCAUAAAUUAUGUCACAUGUUUAAUAUAAAAUAAUUGAAACAAGUUUAUUCAUUAUGUAACCAUUUAUAUACCAAAAUGAACUUAACAAAACAUAGAUUCUUAUGACAAUAAAGUUUAUUCAAAAUGACCUCCGUGAUUUUGAAUACAGGCCUUCAAUCUGCGCGGCCAGUCUAUCGCAGCACGAACGAGGUCCAUGUCAAUAUCGGCGGCUGCCUUAAUCAAGGAUGUCUUGAGUGACUCCAAAUUGGGAUGAGGCUUUGAGCACGCCUUUUCCUCCAAGAGUAUAUAUAUAUAUGAGUAAUGCGUGCGCUGUUCCAUUCCGCUAUGCCUUAUGCUCCCCCCUAAUGUUAGGUUAUUUAAGAAAAGAAGUUUCACAACAAACAUGUUGUCCGUGCCCACAAUUUUUUUUAUUCAUCUACAGCACGCGAAAUAUUUUUUAAUAAAAUUGUUAUUAAACAAUCAGAUCAUAAUAUCAAGAAGUUUCGGUGGUUUGGUAGAAAGGUAAGCUGCGACUCGGGCGGCCCGGGUUCGAUUCCCAGCCAAGGCAGGACUUUUUUUUAUCAAUGAAUUAAGACUCACUGGCACCGUGCUUUCAUCAAACCAAACGGUGCCGGUAACGUUGCACGGUAUGCAUACUACCGCGCUAUCAGGAUUUUUGACGUGACAACGUCUUAAAUUAGGUUGCGGCUGGGAGUCACUUAUGAAAAAGUGUAACGCUCGGUAACGUUACGAUGAGUCUCUCGUGUUAAGUUUAAGUUUACAUGUACAAUGUUUUAGUAAACAAAAUAUAUUUCUAUAGUUAAAAUUUGUGCAAUUCUUAUUUUCAUUCAAUUCCUUGUUCCUAUUGUGCAAUUUAAUUAUAUUCAUAUCAAUAAAUAUUCUACCGAGAAAAAGACGUUGUCACGUAAAAUCUUCGCCCGUAAAACCGACUUUACAGGCAACCAUUUUU